UUUGACAUUAACGUCAUUAUUUAGGGAGUUAGCAUAAACAACAAAAACGAUGAGUUUUUAUAAAUAACAUUAUUUUGUAUAAAAUAAACUCGGAAAUCGUUAAUAAAAUGGAUGGGGAAUAUGAAAAUCAAAAAGAUCCCAACCAACACACCAAACAGAUUUAUUGUGUCGUUGAGAAUGUGGGAAUUAAAUCCAAAUAUCAUCACCCCAGCGAAUUAAGUAGUAAUUACGAGGAAGAUAGUGAUAAGGUGCAACAAAAUCGAUUUGGAAGGGUGUUGAAAAAUUUUAAGGAGAAAUUAAAGCGUGGUAAAUUAACGUUUUGGAAGCACAAAGUUAAAGAACAAAAUCAUCAUCGCGUAACAAGGAAUUUAGGAAAUAACGUGAAUACACCUUCAGUUCCUGAACAGGUUGAUUCGGUUGAAAAUGGAGAAAUUGAGAGUAAUGUUGAAGAUAUUAACGAUGAUGUUGUCUUAGAUAAACAAUCAGAAGCCUAUAAAAAACUCCACAAAUGUAAAUUUUAUUGGGGCCCUAUAUCAAGUCGAGAAGCUGAACAAGAAUUAAGAAAUAAACCGGAUGGAACGUUUAUUAUAAGAGAUUCCUGCUCUGCCCGACAUGUUUAUAGUUUAUCAUUUCGAAGCUGGGGACGAACUUUACACACUCGCAUCGAUUUUGAUAAUGGUUAUUUCAAAAUUUUUAGACAGGAGGGUUACUCGACGAUUAAUUUAAUGUUGGAGGCGGUGAUGCAACUCUCAAAGAAUGGCGUUUAUUGUUUUACACAGUCGAAAAGUGCGUUAAAUCCAUCUUACCCCGUCCGUUUGCUCAGUCCUUUAUCUCGUUUCACAAAGAUCUCUUCGCUUAAACAUAUGUGCAGAUUCGUUAUUAGAGAACAUAUUAAUAUUAAUGAUAUUAAUAAUUUGCAAUUGCCUGAAACGGUAAAAAGUUAUUUGAUGGAACCGUAUUUUAAAUAA